AUGUUCGCUUCUUCUAUUCGCCUUGCAUCCCUCCCCAAGGGCCCUUCCAUGGCCCGUAGCUUCAGCUACACCUCUCCAGCCCGUGUAGCCGAGGUCAAGUCCCUCGGCGUUAUCGGUGCGGGCCAAAUGGGUCUCGGAAUUGCUCUCGUUGCUGCGCAAAGAGCACAGGUCCCCGUCACACUGGUUGACAGCUCACAGGCCUCAUUGGACAAAGGCCUCAAGUUUGCCGACAAGCUCCUUGAAAAGGAUGUCGCCAAACAGCGUAUUACUCGAGAAGCUGCUGAUGCAGCCCGUGGUCUUCUUACCCCAACUAUCAAGAUUGAUGACCUAUCUUCUGUCGACUUUGUCAUUGAAGCAGUGCCUGAGAUCCCGGAUCUCAAGACAAAGAUCUUCUCCAGCUUAGCGCAGAUCGCUCCCAAGCAUGCUAUCCUGGCUACCAACACCUCCUCCAUCUCUAUCACUAAGAUCGCUGCUGCUACCAGCACAGACCCUACAGACCUCCAGGCUUCCUCCCGGGUCAUCUCUACUCAUUUCAUGAACCCAGUUCCAAUUCAGAAGGGUGUGGAGAUUAUUCGGGGUCUGCAGACCUCCCAGGAGACAAUGGAUACCGCCAUUGCCUUCGUGGAGCGAAUGGGCAAGGUCGCCUCGGUGUCCGCUGACUCCCCUGGAUUCUUGGCCAACCGCAUUCUCAUGCCAUACCUCAACGAGGCAGUCAUCUGCCUGGAGACCGGGGUCGGUGGUCGCGAGGAUAUCGACAACAUCAUGAAGACAGGCACCAACGUCCCCAUGGGCCCCCUUGUUCUCGCCGACUUCAUCGGUCUGGAUACCUGUCUCGCCAUUAUGAACGUUCUCCACCAAGAGACCGGCGACAGCAAAUACAGACCCGCCGGUCUGCUGCGCCGCAUGGUUGAUGCUGGAUGGUUAGGCCGGAAGAGUGGCAAGGGUUUCUACGAUUAUUAG